AGAAACUUCUAGAAUAUAUUUUACGUAAUUUCAAACGAAAUCAUCAAACAUCCUGGAAUCCCGAACUUUCCAGGCUUUUGGAUUCCUUUUAUAAAAAUCUUCUCUUUCUCCACAUUUUUUUUUUCAAUUCAAAGUUUUCUCUUUCUUCUUCUUAGAGAUUCUUUAAGCUUCUCUGAUUUUCCAAGUAUGGCGGAAGCUCCUACCCAGAGCCAACAGCCUAGUCCUGUCGUUUACGUAGUUUUCCAGAUCGGCGGCGUAGGAGUCGUCAGCGAAAAUAAACUUAGGCCGGCGCCAGCUUCCAAAGCUUCCAUAGAAGCAAUGCCGAGGAUAAAAGUGAAAGAGAGUGGCAAAGAUUGUUGUAUUUGUUUGGAAGAUUUUGAAGUUGAAGAAGAAGGAAGGGAGAUGCCAUGUAAGCAUGUGUUUCAUUCGGGUUGUAUUGAGAAGUGGUUGUUGAUCCAUGGGUUAUGCCCGGUUUGUCGAUUCUUGAUGCCGCCUGAGACGGCUGAAAUAGGAGGUGGUGAGGGUAAUGGUGGCCGGCGAAGAAUGGAGGGUGGGGAGAUCAAUGGUUUGGAAUUUUUGCAGUCGGUUUUUGCUUUUGCUAGCUUGGCUAGCAUGAUGGGUUCGGGUCGGGCUUUCCGUCAACCUGAUUCGGGUCAAGUUGAUGAUGAUGGGUAUUCCAAUUGCAACACGGAUGAUACGCCUUCCAAUCAAAACACGGAUAGCAAUUGACACAUACUUUUUUCCUGAAUCGUACCUAAAGAAAUAUUUUUUAACCGACUAAAUUGUAAAUAAGUAAAAGAAUUUAUUCAAUAAUUUAUUUACUGUACUUUCUUAACUUAUCUAAAAGUAUAUAUUUGAUAA